UAAAUCAAGCUUCCUACCAUUCUCGUCAAUGGCGAACAAAAUGUUGGAGAGAGAAAUAGAAAGUUCUGUAAGUUAGUAAUUACAGUUCCGUAAAUUGUAAACCACAUUUUGAUAAGAUUCCUUAACGAAAUCAGCACCCUUAAGUUUGUAAUUUGCAACCCAUUCGUUCUUUCCUAAAAUCCGAAGCUCUAUCUUAAAACACUGCAGAUUUGACUUUGCUCAUUCUGAAGCACAUCUUAUUAUUAUUAACAAACAACUUGAAUUCUCCUAAAUCAUGGAUGGUUCUCUCAAUCCCAACAAGCAUCUCAAAGAACAAUUCGUAAGCAAUUUGACUGGAUCUUCCAUGCUCGAAAUCGCCGUAAUGUCCACUGUUGUCCCUCUUCUCUUUGUUUUGCGACACUCAAUCUGCUCCAGUUACCAGACCGUGACACCAACGAAGAAAAACGACCAUGACAAUGCCGUUUUGGGUUCUAAGAAGCUGAGAAAUUACAUGGCUACUCUGACCGUGGAUUUUCUCUUCAUUGUUCUUCCUAUGCUUUUAAUUUUCACUGUUCUAGCAGACUGGGUUUAUAUAUUUGCGAUCCCAAUGAUGGUAUUGGUUUUCUCUGUUGUAGCAGCUAAAAGGUUUGAUGCUUCGAAUUAUUCAGGAGGGUCACUCUCUCUUAGGACAAAUGUUUCCUCGUACAGGGUUCUUGUGAUGAUCAUAACGUUCUUGUGUAUCUUGGCUGUUGACUUCAAAAUUUUUCCAAGAAGAUAUGCCAAGACCGAGACCUACGGUACUAGUUUGAUGGAUCUCGGGGUGGGCUCCUUUAUUCUUGCGAAUGCACUAGUUUCACGGCAAGCACGGAGUGUCUCAUCAGUGAAUUGGAAGGCUGCAGUCCAAUCCACGAGCCCUCUGCUACUGCUAGGGUUUGCUCGGCUUCUUACUACAAGAAGUGUAGACUAUCAGGUUCAUACAGGGGAAUAUGGAGUACACUGGAAUUUCUUUUUCACUCUAGCAGCUGUAUCAAUCCUUACAUCCAUAAUUAACAUCCCGCCGCAAUAUUCAGGAAUUUUUGGUGUAGCAAUUCUUAUUGGUUUUCAAUAUUGGUUGAGUCAUGGAUUAAAUGUGUACCUCCUUUCUGAUGAAAGGGGUACAGAUAUCUUGAGCAAAAAUAAGGAGGGGAUAUUUAGUAUACUAGGGUAUUGGGGUUUGUACCUUGUUGGUGUCCAAUUGGGAUAUUAUCUUUUCUUUGGAAAUCGCCCCGCUACUGCAUUGAGAACCAUUAAGUGGGCAAGGGUCCGGGUCUCAUUUAUUUCCCUGGUGUUUUGGUUAGUAACUGUUCUUUUAGACAGGCAUGUUGAAAGAGUUUCACGUAGGAUGUGUAAUCUGGCUUAUGUUACUCUGGUAUUGGCUGAAAAUCUUCAGGUUUUAGCGAUACUAAUGCUUUCUGAUUUCACUACUGGAAGUAAAAUUUCAGCACUUGAAGAAGCGUUGAACAGGAAUCUGCUGGGCUCAUUUCUUCUGGCAAACUUGCUUACUGGACUGGUAAACUUGUAUGUGGAUACUCUGUUUACCCCAUCGCUCUCAGCCCUAGUUAUCUUGCUUGCUUAUGCGUAUUGUUUAUCAAUCAUAACUGGUAUUGCUGAUUUUUAUGGUGUCAAAUUGAAAUUUUGGUAGUGAUUUGGUUUCUGUAUAGAAAAAAAAAAUUGGUUGAAGGCCAUGGGUUGUUGCAGCUAUAGACCCAAUUCUCAUCAAAAUUGCAAUGCAUACUGUCAAGCUUUCUUACUA